AUGGGGGACACUGUGGCAUCCAACAUUGGGAGAGAGGAGAAGGCAGAGGAGAAGCUGAGGAGAUCACCCCAUGACACAUGUGCCUGGGGUGGUGAAUGUAUAAUAUUGGACCACCAAAUUCCCGGUGCUCAUGUCAUCACUGUGGGUCUUGGAAAACGUUUGCAUGGUUCCCAUGCUGGUUCCUCUCCGCUUAUAUUUGGCACCCUUUACCCUGCAUAUUAUUCCUACAAGGCCGUGAAAUCGAAGGACAUUAAGGAAUACGUCAAAUGGAUGAUGUACUGGAUUAUAUUUGCACUUUUCACCACAGCAGAGACAUUCACGGACAUCUUCCUUUGUUGGUAAGUACUCCGGGAUUUGGGACAUUUUAAAGGAUGAUUUUUCCUAGUGUCGGGAGAGGUGGGAAAGGGCUGAAACCAGCCUCAAGCCUUAUCUCAAGCCAGAGAUGCAGUGCAGAAAUAGUAAUAGAAACAUUUUUAAUAAGUUAGUCUGUGAAAGUUGUUUUUCAAGUAAAUACUUAUUGAGUUUAUAAGAGCAAGUAUUGUUCUAGGCACUGGGGAAGUAGUAAUGGAUAAGACAGGCACAGUUGCUCAAUUAAUGAAGUUGGUAAAAAAAAAUCCAGAUGUUAGAAAUAAGAACAAAGGAAACAGUACACAAAAGUAUACAGUAAGGCCAGGCACAGUGGCUCAUGCCUUAUAAUCCUAGCACUCUGGGAGGCUGAGGUGGGAGGAUAGCUCAAGGUCAGAAGUUCAAGACCAGCCUGAGCAAGAGCAACUUGCUCUUGCUCAACUUGCUCCUGUCUCAACUAAAAAUAGAAAGAAAUGAGCUG